GGAGAGGGGGGACCAACCACGUGGCCACUCCACAAACCGGAAGUAGGCUACCAAGAUGUCUGCUCCCGAUGAACACACGUUUGCCGACGAAAGUGGUGAGGUGGAGGAGAUGGGCAGUGAUGACGACGAAGGAGAAGAUAUGGACGAAGAAGGAGCGGACGGAGAAGAGGAGAAGAAAGUGUACGUCCCGGGGAUUGAGCCGCUACCACCCGGAGAGGAGCUGGAAAUGGACCGUUCCGCGUAUCGCAUGUACCACGAGUGUCAAACAGGAGCUCCGUGUCUAAGCUUUGACAUCAUUAAAGAUGCAGACGGAGAAGGCAGGGAACAGUUUCCUCUAUCCAUGUUGCUCUGUGCAGGCACACAGGCUGAAACAGCUCUGAAGAACAGACUUCUGGUGAUGCGCAUGCAUAACCUUCAUGGAACAGAGAAGGAAAAUGAAGAGGAAGAAAGCAGCGAUGAAGACAGUGAUGACGAGGAGGAUGCAGAUAAGAAACCACAAAUGGAAUUGGCCAUGAUGCCUCAUUAUGGAGGGAUUAACCGAGUUCGAGUGACUCCGUAUGGACAGCAGUCCCUGGCUGCUGUGUGGUCUGACAAAGGACAGGUAGAAAUAUUUGACCUCCGAUCUCAGCUGGAGGCCGUCCAUAGUUCAGCUGCUAUGGCCGCUUUCGUCCAACAGCAGAAGGAAGCCACAGCGCUCUUCAGUUUCUCUGGUCACAUGAGUGAAGGCUUUGCAAUAGACUGGUCACCCAAAGUACCUGGUCGUCUUGUCAGUGGGGACUGCAAAAAGAACAUUCAUGUGUGGGAGCCACGUGAAGGAGGGACUUCCUGGCAGAUUGACCAACGGCCUUUCAGCUCCCACAGCAAGUCUGUGGAGGAUCUGCAGUGGUCGCCUACUGAAGCUACAGUUUUUGCCUCUUGUUCUGUCGACCAGUCUAUUCGUAUCUGGGAUAUCCGCGCACCACCAAAUUCGAUGCUCUCAGCCAACGAAGCUCACUCGUCUGACAUCAAUGUAAUCAGCUGGAACAAGAGCGAACCAUUCCUUCUGUCAGGGGGUGAUGAUGGUUUUCUGAAAGUGUGGGACCUGCGGCAGUUUAAGACUGGCCGUCCCGUGGCCAACUUCAAGCAGCACAGCGCUCCCAUCACAUCUGUGGAGUGGAACCCUGUGGACUCCAGCGUGUUUGCAGCCUCGGGAGCAGAUGACAUCUUAAGCCAGUGGGAUCUUUCCGUGGAGUCAUGCGAUGUAGGUGCUAGGGUGGAGGGAGUCAAGGACCUACCCCCUCAGCUACUGUUCCUGCACCAGGGUCAGUCAGAGAUUAAGGAGAUCCACUGGCAUCCACAAAUGCCUGGCGUCAUGAUUUCCACGGCCCUGUCAGGGUUCAAUGUGUUCAAGACAAUAUCUGUGUAGUGAGUGUGUGAGUGGUUGUGUGUGUAGGUGUUUGAAAGAUAUGGAUUUCUGCAUUCAGUGUUAUUUUUAAUUUACAUUUGGAGUGAGCAGUGAAGAGCUUGUAAUAAUGUACAUAACUUAACUAUGUAAGUAAUAAAUCUACCUUUUGACAUGUAUUAGCUAACACAGGUGCCACAUGUUACUCCAGUGGAACUUUGUAUGUUGAACAGAUGUACAAACUAUUUUAGGCAUUCAUUGUUGCAUGCUUAAAAUAAAGUUAUACUUUAUAAAA